AUGCCGCAUUGCAGGCCCAUGAGCACGGGCGGGGCGGAGGGCCAUGCGGCCCGUCCGAGGACGAACGCGGCAGACCCGGCGGGCAGAGACGAGCUCCACAUCGCGGCGGACGCGGACGAUUUGACUGUCUUCGCCAUUGACGGCGGUGCGGCGAUGCGCGCGCCUUUACCAGACUACGCCGAGUGGAGCUCCGUGGAGGUGAUGCUGGCGCAUGUCACGGAGUUCAUGAAGCGCGAGGCGAUCGCAUGUCCCCGGAACCGGCACGCAGUCUGCCUGUACGGCGUUCAGACUCCACCAACGGACACAGGCCAUCAAGGAGUGUGGGUCGCGCAGAGCCCCGCGAGGCCUUCGGUCGACGGGAUCCGGCGGCUCGACCCGCAGUAUCCCGACAUACAGGACGCGCUGGAGGGCCACCAGCCGGCCGAACAAGACACCCCCCGCGCUUUCUUGUCUGCAGUCAAGAGCGCGCUCAGUUUGAUCCAAACGCGGACCGCGAGGACGACGAGCGCGCACGUGCACUUCCUCACACGGAACGUGGACCUGGCGGGCAUGGGUCCGGCGCUGGCGCAGGACGUCAGGAACUUCCUCGGACUCCUCAUUGCCGCGUCGCAGGUGUGCUCGGUGACGGUCCUGUGCGACGCCGGCGUGGACGCGCAGGACGCGGCCGAACGGACCUGGUCGGGCCUGCUGCCCAGCGACGGCGACCUCGGUCAGCGCGCGCGUCUGCGUGCCGUGCCGGUGUCGUCCGUGGUGAGCGCGCUGGGGCUGCAGCACCGGUCGGUGACCGUGCGCAAGAAGCUGCGCACGUCAGGGAAAUUCGAAAUCGUUCUCGGGACGUCAGUUCGGGUGCCGGUGAACGCGUACUCUCUCUUCACGAAAUGCAAGGUAAAGGGCGUGCUGGCGAGCGCGGGAGCGGGGGGGAGCGAUGGUGCGUCGGAGGCGUCGAGCGAAGGAGGCGAGAGCAUGGACGACGCGCAGGAUGGAGACGACGUCGAAUCGGAGGGAGCCCAGCAGCUCCAGCCGCCUGUCAGCGAGGGCAAGGAGGGCGCACAUCGCAAGCUGCGGUACAUCGACUACGGAGGCGCCACCCUCGUCGUCCCUGAAGCCGACCUCUACGAGACAAUGAGACCGCCUCGGCGGAAAGUUGGAGCGAUCCACAUCCUGGCGUUCGAGGCGUCCCCGUCCUGCGGCUUCGAGAGGCACAUCGGAACAUCGACGUUCCUGUCUCCCACCGAUCGAGGCAACGAGGUCUUCGCGGCGCUGCACGCAGAGAUGACCGAGACGGAGCAGGCCGCGGUGUGCACUGUCUGGACGCGUCACGGCGUGAAGCUGGCGCGGCUCGUCGCGGUGGAGCAGCGCCACGACCAGUCCGGUGCGGUGGUGGUUCCUUGUGGCAUGAUGCUCACGUACCUGCCCUUCACCACCGGCGACAAGCCCGUCGAGCGGCUGGCGGUUCACGCCGGCGCACUCAUCGACGAGGGAAAACCCACAGAGCAACAGGUCGAGGCUGCGAGGUCGCUGGUCGACGCCAUGCAGCUCACCGACAUGCCCGCGCUGCUGCCUACGACGCGGAUCCCGAACCCGCACAACGCCGCGCGCAUGGCGGGCUUACGACGGAUCGCAUUCGACGAUGACCGUCCUUUCAAGGACGAGACGGAUGGCCUGCUUGACAGCGAUGCGCGAGGGAGGGGCGUGGCUCUGCUCGGAGAGCUGCUGCAUGCCUGUGCGCAGGGUGCCAGCGCAUUUGUGCCCGCCGGUGCCGUGGAGGAGCGCUCCGCGGGCACGAAGCGGAAGCGUGUCGAGGAGACCGAGGCGCAGUGCGUGGCUGCGGUGGAGCGCAAGUGGGCUGCGGGUAGUCUGAUGCAGUGCACCGUCCACCAGCUCAAGGGCUUCCUGACGUCCAAGGGCCAGGUGCCGGCGGGCAAGAAGGUGGAGCUGGUGGAACAGGCAAAGAGGGUGUUUGCAGAGCACGCGUGA